GCUCCCCGUGUGCCACCCUUAGACUACUUAUUAUUGCCAACCCGAAGAAAACAAGUUUAAACGCAAAAAAGACUCGCAGUUGCAGACUUCACUCUCACUAUCAACCAAUCUCUCUCUCUUUCUCUCUCUCUCCCCACCGUAUUCCGCCGCCACCCACCACAAAUGGACGACCGGCCGCCGCUACAAAAGAUCGCAAUCUCCGGCCCAACACUCGCAUCUCUAAUCCAGCGCUUCUCCACUUCCCCUUCCUCCCUCGAUGGCCUCCUCUUCGGCCACGUCACCCUUCUCACUCCUCUCAACCUCUCCGACGAUCCCUCCACCGCCUCCUCUAAUAACCACCACCACCAUAACAACCACCACCUGAUAGGUUGGUUCUCCGCCCGCCGGAAAACCCCACUCCGUCCCUCCAUGCGCGAAUUCUCCGUCACACAAUCCCUCUCUUCUCUCUCCGCAUUCUCCUCCCAAAUUCAGAACUCACCAAACCCUAAUUCCACAUCUUCUUCAACUGCUUCUUCUUCCUCCUCCUCCUUCUCCCCUUGCAUCUUCAUCCUCUUGUCUUCUCCUUUCUCCAACGACCACAUCCACACUCACGAGUACCGCGCGUACCAGCUACGCGCUUCCUCCUCAUUCGAACCGAAACUGAUCGAUAUCGUCAACAUUGGGCCUGCGUUUCGAGGGCAUUACGGUUCCUUUAGUCCAAACGCGGCAUUCCCGGUGUUGGAAUGCGAUUUGGGAAUAUCAAGCAUGAAUGAAGAUCGUGAUGGUAAUGCUGACAAGGAAGAUGAGAGAUUGAGUGUGAUGAAGGAGAAGGCGAAGGAUCAGAGGGAGCUCGAUGGUUGCGCCGAGGGUUUCGAGGUUGGGAGGUUGAGCAGGAUGAUGGGAUCGGAGGCGAGGAGUUACACUUCGAAUUUGGAGGAUUUGUAUGAGAAGAUGCUUGCAAAGGUUGAGAAUCUGACGAGGUUGGUGGAGCAGAGUAAUGCCAAGGUUCUUGAGCAGGAACAUUAUAAUAGAAAGUUGAGGCAAAAAAUUAGAGCUGCUGCCUCAGAGUAACUAUCAUUAUCAAUGAUGGCAAUGCUUUCGUUUUAAUUUCAGUUCAGCAUGGCAAUCAUCCAUGUUAACAAGCUUAUUUUUUGUGUGGCACAAAGCAGAGGAGGGUUAAGCAAAUCGACGAUUUCAGCCUUGUACACCUGACCUGGAUAAGCAACAGUUUCUUCUUGUAUCACUGGAAACAUGAGACCGGCUGUUUGGACCUUUUGGCAGGCCUAUUAUAUAAUCUGUCCUGCUAUUGUAGAUUUUGUAUUUUUUACUUCAUGGUGACUCUUAAAGCUGAAGAAGGCGGUAAAUCGUGCAGGGUGGUUGAAUGGUUUUGGUCUUCCUCAAUUCAAAAAGUUUUGAAGCUUUUCUCUCCCAAGCUUUUGCGGCACAUAUUUGCUUCCUGCAAUGACAUGCCAACUGUAUUUUGUAUUGUUUGCUUUUGGUUCCUUUUACCCCCUUCAUAGAAUAUUAAAAUUUCAGCUUUAAUAGUUAGUUUUACUUUGUUGCUUGCACAAAGAUCACUGUAAAAGAAAGAAAUGAAAUCAACAAGCACUCCGUUAAUUUUGGUAUGUUUACAAAAUUAUCAUUCUAUGGUGAACUUCUGGAGUUUUCUGUUCUGUAAUUAUGCCCCCCUUCUAUAUGCUAAGCAUUCAUUAUAAGCAAAAUGUACUACAUUAUGUACUAAGGUAAUAUAAUGGUUCAAAUUUUAUGUC